AUGCCCAUCUAUUCCAGCUCCCCGUUUGACCCCGCUGUCUUCCCCGGCUUCAAUCGCCGACAAGGACUACUAGUAGCACGAAAUAACUUGCGCACGCCGAGUCCAAAUGCGGUCGAACGCAGCUUGUUGACCGCCGCCACUCAAGGCACGGUGGCGACAAGCUCCCCGGCGGCAGCUGGAACAAUUGACAGCGACACUUUUUUUGUUCCGUCUCAACAGACCAAGACUCUCGAGACGACCUAUCAAGCUGCCUACGAGGCCCUGCGUUCCGAUCAUCAUGCUCUCCUCGCCGAAGUUGCGCAGCUCAAGAAGGCGAAAGCUAUACUCGACAACGACGCACUCUCGUCCCUCGGGGAUAAUAUCAAACUCACGACGGAGGUGUUCGAAUUGAAGGAUCAGGUGGCUGUAGCGGAGGAGCGGAUCGAGGUGCAGGAGGCAAAGAUCGCUAAGCUGAAGUCAUCAUUGGCCGAUGCGAUCUAUAACCGCGAGGAUUUCAUGGGCAGGCUUGUCGAGAGCGGGAAAAAGUUGUCCGGGAUCAAGAGGAAGCGCCAGCAAGAUGUCUCCCGCCUUAGCAAGGCAGAGAAGGCGCUCGCGGAGGUUCAGUACAGCGCCGAAGACAUGCUCGAAGAGUUGGAACACCUGGGAGAAGGGCUUGAUGGUGCCAUAGAGAGCUUGCAGGAGGAGGAGGAGGAUCGCGUUGUCGACCUUACGCAGUCCUCAGAUCCAGCAGACAUGAGCUUUUACUUCUCCCGCUCGUCUCUUUCCACGACGUCGUCGACAGCGCACCAGUCGAAAAACGUUUUAAGAUGUGCAUGCAAAGCGAAUGUCCACCUUGAGCAACCCUCAAUGACAACUGAACAACUUUCUUUUCUUGACGAUAUUCACGAACAUCUGGGCUUCAAGUCAGCCUCCGGCCAAACCAUUUGCCUGGGUAAACGUCGACUUGGGCCGCCUCGAAAUGCUUCUCGUCGGGGAGCGUACCAUCAGCUUAUCGAUGCAGCGAAAUUUGUGCCACGUGGCGCUGACGCAUACUGGAAUAUGAAACGGAUCCUCGAAUAUGGCUGUCUCAACUCCUUUGGUGACGCUAACUCCAUGCAAGCCAUCCCUCAGAGGGACCGCGCGGAGUACCACGCGAGCAUUUUUCGUCAAGCCUUGUCGACGUGCCGAUUGAACAUCUUGCCUGUAUUGCAGCGAAUUUACAAUGAAUCCGCGACCAACCCAGUGUGGAACGCACUUUGCGAACGGAUGGCCAAGGCUGCGCGAGAUGCACGCACACAGGAUACGAAUACAUUCAAAAACAAUCUUCGGAUUCUUCUCCCGGUACCAGGCGUCGACUUUUUCUGUCCACCAAUCGAGCAAGGCCUCGGCAAAGCACACCGCGGCCUGGCACAUCCUCAACUUCGGUUGUUGAUGAUGCCCUGGAAGGACCGAAUACUCUUUCCGCCACUGGUAUAUGGCGCAACGGCGGAGUCUCCUCUCUGUCCGCAAGCGCAAAUACUCUACGACCGUAUCGUCACUGGAACCUACCAACCCUCAUCCAAAUACUUCCCCUCCUUCUGCUAUCCAGAAGACGGGUGGAACCCAGAGGCUUAUCAAGAGAACCUCUUUACGAGUGUUGCCAUAAUCCGAGGAAUUCGACUCUUGUUAAUUUCGCGUUCAGGCGCUGCGCAUGAAGCUGAGGACGACAUCGCACCCGGUUGUCUCGCAUCGAUACAUAACAUGCGCGGUGUGACUGCACAUGUCGUCGCAUAUGUGGUCGUUCAGAUUCGACUUUCAAUAAGCAGUCUUCCGCAGUGGACAACGAAAGAGAGCAAACGCUAUAAGUUUCCCGAGCUGUACCAGAAGGUCGUGGCUGCCUUCGAUGACGACUCCAAUCCAGACUUUCCCAACUGGGGUGUAGAAACGCUAGAGUGGCUCACGAAACAGGUUUUUGGCGACGCUCUCGAUGAUAGCGACCAAGAGGCCAGCGGAGACGAAAGCGAAGAUGAGGCCAUUGCCCAGCGUCGCAAACGAGCUUCUGAAAGGGUCCCCCAAACAUUCACCCACUCUCACAGCCUUCCCCCUCCCCCCCCUCGUUCGAGUGGCGCUCCCCCUCCUAGCUCGAGUGGGCAAGUUUCCAACACCAGCCCUCACACUGGCCGCUUCAUUGGUCACGCCAGGAUCUCCCAAGAACGAUCAUCUCUCCAACAUGAACGACAUCCUUAA